CCGUGUUGUGUGUUGGGCUGUUCUUGUCAAGUAUGUUGCUAUUUUAUAAUAUGUGCAGGACAUACAUUUAAACUGGAAUGUAUCAUUUUCUUGGUUAAAAUACACAAAAAAGCUGAAUUCAACUAUAAAUAGAUGCAAAUAUGUGUUUGUUAAAGCACCUAACUCAUACAUGUGCGAUACAGCUGUUUUCUCAUCUGUAAGUGUUUUUCUCUGGUGUCACAUACCACUGUUCAGGAGGAAAACAUUAUAACAUGCAGGGGGAGGGGAAAACAAAAGGUAGACACAAUGUUCUCAGCCACUCAUUUUCACUUUUUUGAUCAAUUAUCCAUUGAUUUAUUGGUUUAAGUGUGUAAAAGUUUACUUUAUGUGACAGGAUUUGGUUUCUUCUCCAUAGCACCAUCCCUGAAAUCCUUCCUGCAUCAUUCAACACCCUGAGGUCCAGCUAAAUUUGUGUUUAAGUACGAGAUUGGACACAAAAAAGACAUGAGGGUGCAACCUGUCUCAAGAGCCCAAAUGCUGCAGGAGUUUCAUUUUCGAUGCCAAACACUCACAGCCAAUGACUACAGAGGAUUUAAACAGGAGUUUGAGGAGCUGGAAAAAGUUGGCAAAGACCUCCCGUCCAGAGCGGGGGACUUGCCGGCCAACAGAGAAAAGAACAGAUACCCCUACAUACUGCCAUAUGAUCACUGUCGCGUGAGGCUGUCUGUUCAAAACUCCCAACCGCACACUGACUACAUCAAUGCAAAUUUUGUGCCUGGUGGAGGAUCAGAAAGAGACUUUAUCUGCACCCAGGGUCCUUUGCACAACACCACUGCUGACUUCUGGAGGAUGGUGUGGGAGCAAAACGUCAGGAUAAUCGUCAUGGUGACAGCGCUGAGACACAAGGACAUAGUGCUCUGUGAUAAGUAUUGGCCACUGGAACAAGGGACAGUUUAUCAUGGACUGAUCCAAGUGACAACAGUGACCCGCAAACAAGGUCCAGAUUAUUUUAUCACCACCAUUAACCUCAGACAGAGAGACUGUCCAACAGACAGGAUAAUCACACACUAUUACUACCCAACCUGGCCGGACCGAGGCGUCCCUAAAGACACAUCCUCGCUCUGUGCCUUUACUGAACAUGUGCGACUGAAACUGGAAGAAAUUCCACGACUGGGGCCGGCUGUGGUGCACUGCAGUGCAGGUGUUGGGCGUUCAGGUACAUUUGUGACAUUGUUGUGGCUGAUGCAGCUGUGUGUGAGGGGCAUCCAGCCUGAUAUCAGAGCUGCUGUGGAGGAUUUACGACUACAUCGAAUGUGGAUGGUCCAGAAUCUGGAGCAGUACAUAUUUGUUCAUCAUUGUCUGCUGCACUGGCUCAGUAAAGGAACCUCAGCACGGCCACAAAUUCAGGGAGCCGAUUCAAAAAUUAACCAGCACAUGCAAGAACAACCCCGCAGCUCCUCUGGACGGGGGAGCCGAACUGGGAGGAGAAGACAUCACCAUCAGCGACAGACACCUCCGUCAGACCAACCGCAGAACACAGUGCAGCAGAUUUUUCACCCUGGGAAGCUGCUGAGGAGGUUACUGCCUUCCUCGUCACUGUUUAAUCCAGGCUCACACGCCUCCUGAACUCAAAUUGUAAAGCUAAGAACAAAAAACAAGCAAGACUAAAAAAAAAACCCAAUCAUGCAUGCCCUCAUACAGCAUCUAAGACAUCAGAAAUAAUGCUGUGUGUGCUGUAUGUGAUGAGCCCUGCAGGCGGAAAACUGGCCUGACAACAUGCAAAUACAUGCUGGUGAGGAACCACAGACGCAGCAGAUUCUAUUGAUAAGAGAAGAAAAAAAAACCUGCCAUUCAAGUCAAACCUGAUCCUCCACUGGGACAAUGACAAGGCUGCUCCCUGUGCAGGCAGUUAAAUACUGAGGUUUUCUCACACAUGUGGAAUGCAACUAAGGACAUUAACUCAAGAACUGUACUUAUAUACGGUUUUUAGUUACUUUUACUUUACGCGAGUAUUCUAUUUUUGUUACUUUAUACUUCUACUCCACUGCAUCUCAGAGGGAAAUAUUGUACUUUUUACUCCACUACACUUGUUGUAACAUUGGUUACUUUGCAGAGUAUUAACACGAAACAUAAAUCAACUAACAUUGAUGUAUUAUUCUAGAUAAAGCUACCCAGCAGUAUUAGAAAGUUAUUUAAAUGAGUCCCACCUUUACCAGCUGCAGCGUUAAAGUGAUGUAUUCAUUAAUGCAUCAAUAAAUAUAAUCUAAUAAUAUAUACUAUUCAGGAAUGGCUCAUUCUGCAGGAGUACUUUUACUUCUGGUGCUUUAUAGUUUUAUGAUAAUACUUUUGUACUUGUAACAGAGCAUUUCUACACGAUAAAGUGAUACAUGUACACGCUAAAUCUGCAUGAUAAAGAGCUAGAGUAAAAA